ACUCUCCUCCCCCCCACCUCCUCCUCCUCCUCCACGUUCCCAUGUUUUGAGCCAUUCACACAAAUGGCAGCCACAGCAAUGGGGCACGGCGAGUGAUGUCGUGACCGCUGUCUCCCGCACGCGGUGCAGCGACGCGCAAAGAAGAGCACGGCCACUUGUGAAAGAAAUCAGCAGUAGCCCCCCCCAUCACCACCACCACCACCCCCACAACAAUCGCGGAGGAGGCAACGGUGAUGUUGAUGUCACUGGGACAUCAGCAGCAGCAGAAGAGGAGUCGGAGAGAGAGAACCACGUUUGCUCCAAACGCCCCCCGGUGAACAACUCGGGGCUUUACUUCGCCAAAAAAACAUGAACUUGACCAACGUCAUCAGUCUGUCGGACGAUGUAGCGAGCGCCGACGGAGAGAGUGGAUCGCUGGUAGGGCUGGGCUCAUCCGGAUGGGUACGCGUCAAAAGUGGGGGGCAAAGCCCCCCUUCGCUCCUUCUGGCCGUGCAUAGCCCAGGGGCAGGCGAUGUUGCGGGCUCGGCGGACGCGGUUUUGCCGGUCGUGGUGGCUCUGGCGUUGGUCGGCGCCCUGCUGUCGGCCUGCGUCUUCCUGCGACUCCGGCGUGCCAAACACCCCAGGGGCUAUGGCUCUGGCUCAGCAGUGACCUUAUCUGUGGCCAACGGAGACGGAAAGCUACCCUUUACAAAAGGCAGGAGCUUUGGGAGGCGAAAAAAGCACAAACACCCAGUUCCCAUGUCCGAGUUCGGGCAGAACGUCCUCGCCAUGUCUCGCGACUCGGGCUACAAGUUCACCGUGGAGUUUGAGGAGCUGCGGAUGAUAGGAGCGGAAUUUUCGCACGAAGCAGCGGACCACUUGGCCAAUCGCGGAAAGAAUCGCUACACCAACAUCCUGCCGUAUGACUUCAGCCGCGUCAUCCUGUCCAGCAUCGAGGGCGAGGAGGGGUCCGACUACAUCAACGCCAACUACAUCCCCGGCCACCGCUCCCCCAAGGAGUACAUCGCGGCGCAGGGCCCCCUACCCAGCACGUGCGACGACUUCUGGCGCAUGGUGUGGGAGCAGAACUCGCGCGUCGUCGUGAUGCUCACGCAGUGCGUGGAGAGAGGACGGAUCAAGUGCGAGCACUACUGGCCGUUCGACGAGGAGGUGGUGGACUACCGCGGCUUCGUCGUGCGCCGCAUCUCCGAGUCGGCGCUCGCCGAAUGGACCGUGCGCGAGUUCCAGAUCGGCCGGGGCGGGGAGACGCGCGUGGUGCGGCAGUUCCACUACACGGCGUGGCCCGACCACGACGUGCCGAGCGAGAGCUGCACGAGGCGCGUGCUCGAAUUUGUGCGCACCGUGCGUUGCCACGUGACGCCGGGCUCCGCGCCGAUCGUCGUUCAUUGCAGCGCGGGCGUGGGUCGCACGGGGACGUUCAUCGCUCUGGAUCGGCUCAUCCAGCACCUGCAGGAGCUCGACUUUGUGGACAUUCUGGGCCUGGUGGCCGAGCUGCGACUCCACCGCGCGAGCAUGGUGCAGACAGAGGUGCAGUACGUGUUCAUCCACCUGUGCGUGCUGGAGAUGUGGAGGCAGUCGGGCCAGGCGAGCGGGCUGAGCGAGGCCGUGUACGAGAACGUUCGCUCGGGCGCGCUGCUUCACCCACCCGACGUCAUCUACUGAACGCCACGGGGAGACAAGAGCACAGCAGGAGCUUUUUACAAGUCCGCCGAAGGGGGCUUCACCCUUCGGCGGUUCCCAAGGAGGCGAUGACCGUUUCGCGAAACAGGAAAAGAAAAAUACGAAAAGCAUCGCCGAACGCCCCCCCCUAACCUCUCCCCCCGAAACUAAACGGAGUUCGCUCCAAGCCAGGAGUUCGCUCCAAGCGAGGAGUUUGCUCCAAGCGAGGAGUUCGCUCCAGGCGAGGAGUUCGCUUAAAGCGAGGAGUUCGCUCCAAGCGAGGAGUUCGCUCCAGGCGAGGAGUUCGCUCCAAGCGAGGAGUUCGCUCCAGGCGAGGAGUUCGCUCCAAGUCAGGAGUUCGCUCCAAGCGAGGAGUUCGCUCCAGGCGAGGAGUUCGCUCCAAGCCAGGAGUUCGCCCCAAGCCAGGAGUUCGCUCCAAGCGAGGAGUUCGCUCCAAGCGAGGAGUUCGCUCAAAGCGAGGAGUUCGCUCCAAGCGAGGAGUUCGCUCCAAGCGAGGAGUUCGCUCAAAGCGAGGAGUUCGCUCCAGGCGAGGAAUUCGCUCAAUCGUCGUCUCCGUCGUCGACAAACGAAACGAUCGGCAAAACAACCAAAAAAAUGUACGCGAGGAUGAAGAUUGACAGCAGAAGAUUGUACUGUUAUAUAAGCGCCCUGCUUACACAAGUCGUGCAUAUGAAUACGGGUCACCCUGUAACGGUGAAGAAGUUGUCAUAGGCACGGUAAUGCAGACGGGUCGAAUGAAACCCGGCCAACUGGAACACGAGCUGCAGUGGUGGUCGGAUUCUGGACACACAAAAGAAGGCGCCGGUAAUGGGGAGGUUGGUUGACCGCCUCAUAGACCAGUGGUGGUGGGGGGGGGGGGGGGUGGCAGGACAACCCUCUUCAUUCUGUCCACUCAGUGUAGAACUCCACGAGUGGGACGAGACUAUACGAGCGCAGACCUCGAGGGUCCCAACUGCUGCAGGAUCUAGCAGGAGGAAGGAAGAGAUGGAGGUGUGGUGCCAGGCAGGCAGCGAGAUGCUCAAACAAACACGCAAAGAGGAGGUAGGGGAACGUACCUCCCACUAUGGCCUUCGUCGCCACAGAAGCGCGGAUUUCAGCUCUCCUCUUCGUCUCUGCAUCGUGUGAGCUGCCCUCGCUGGUGGCGGGGGGCACCAUCAUGGCAGCAGACGCGAACGGGGCGGCAAUAAACAACGCGCAGGCCCUGGAGGUGUCCGAGUGACGCCACACGCGAUGGACUACAACGCACGGGCGCGGGGGAGACGCGGCACCACCCCCCCGGUGGAACCACGCGGCCGGGCCGCCACUUCGGAGCGCGCGACCAACAAGAGCCUUGUUGCGAGCGGAAAGCACCACCACCACGUGUCGCAACCGCAUCACCACCAACAACACGGGGUCCAACCUCAACACCACCAGUACCGUCAUCGCAUGGUCCAGCCUCAACACCUCCAGUGGUUCCAGCCUCAACACCAUCACCACGGAGUUGAACCUCAACACCACCAUGACAUGUUCCAGCCUAAACACCUCCAUGUGUUUGGAGCCUCAACGCCAUCACCACCACCACCACGUGUUCUUUGCUCCCAAGGCACCUCGAUGUUUCGCCGGCGAAUUUCUGUUGGAUCUGGCCGCUGGGUGCCAGCAUUGUACAUGGCGGUCGGCAAUGGGGCGAGGCGAGCUGCCUUCACCGACUGGCUGACGGUAGCCAGGGCCACGGGAGAGGAUUCUUCUAAACUAUAAACUCAAACUGUUUUUAUUUAACCAGGCGAGGCCCACUGAGCUAUGUAGAUAGUUUCGUGGAAGUGACCUGGCCACGAAUGAUCGUCCAAUGAAGUGGCCUAUGGCAUGUAAAUAUAUAGCAGUAGCGAAAUACUCCGAACGCGUGUCGUUGCUAAAUGUGGAGGGAAAAACCGGAGGACCCGGAGUAAAAUCCACGUGACCACGGGGGGAGAGAGAGAGAGAAACACAGGUCCUCCUGCACACCAGGCGACGGAGUUAACAUCUCGACCGAGGGUGGAGCUGGCGUGAUCUUCAUCCCCGAACUCGUGAGCACGCAGUGCCUCGGCGGAGCGCUUAUUCCACUUGUUUAAUACAUAAAUUAAGAGUCCCCUGGAAUUCAAGAGAGAGAGAAAAACACUUUUCACCCGUUUUCUCAUUACGAAGGAGGGAUAAACCGGAACUGGAAACUGUUGAGUUGUAAAGCAACACGUGAGGAUAUAUUUUUUGUACAUGUGUAUAUAUAAACAAGGACAAAGAUCCACCCCCUCCUAUAGCCUUAACAGACUGUCGGGGCAAGUGCUGUUAGCGAGCACCUAUGAAGGCUGGCACGGUCCACG